AAAAUCGCGUGACGUCAUUUAUGGACGGCCCCGUACACUAACAACUAUCCAUAGACUCAACAUUGCCCAUCAACUCAACGCUGCACCUCCCGAGUAUAAUUAUCACGGUUGGGCGACGUGCUGUGCGAAAGAAGUUCAACGUGCGUGCCUGGGUGUUGGGUUUCAUCGAUACUGCUGCAGAAUCGAGUGGGUGUCAAAUCGCCGCGGUCCCUGACUUUUUUUUUUAUAAAAGGAGGCAGCUGUAGGAGCGAUUUGGUGAUUCGGGUUGGGUUUUUAUUUAUUUCCUUUUGAGGCCGCCGCUUCCAACAUCGACUGCCUUUCGUGAGUGUAACAAAAAACGUUAUCAUCCACAUCAGCAACAACACCUACUACUACAACAAAUAAACAUCAUCAUCCGUUACAGCAACAUCGUCGUAAGCUUGCCUGGGCCCGGAGACUAAACGGAAUCGCAAUGGCAUGCAUGGUGACCACCCCAGUGCUGGAGCCAAGUGGGGACUUCCCAGCGUGGCUGGAGGCACAAGGCGUGAACGCGGAGGUGGCCCGGGCCAUGGACUCGGAGCUGGGCAUCCGGGACUACGGGGUCCUGCGCGCCUGCGUUGGGGACGGCCUCGUGCGGGCGGAGCUGCUGGCCGCGGCGCGCGACCGCCUGCCCUUCGGCUUCUACGCCGUGCUGCGGCAGGUGGUGAAGGCCUUGCAGGGUGCUGAGCCCCGCGACGCUGGGAUGCUGCGCUGGGACGACGCCACCGCUUCCUCCCCUGGCGACGUGACCCUGGGAGGCCUGGUGGAGGUGCUGCUCGCGCUAUUCAGCGGCUUGAGCCGGGAGCUGCUGCUGUCCGUGCAGAGGCUGGGAGACAUUGAUAACACUGGAAUAUGCUCUGUUGGCUCCCCUUCAGCCAACACUGUCGUUUUCCCUGAGAACAGUGUGAUGAAUGAAAUUGAAGAUUACAAAGUGAACGAUGAAGGUGAGAAGAACUUCAUUCCAGAUAUGGGAGAAUCGCAAGCUGUGGACGCAUCACCUUUCAUAAAGACGGAAGCCCUUGAAGGUUCAAGUGACAUCGAAGGCAAUUCAGUGCAAGAUGUGGUUUCACUCCAAGCAAUGGGAAACCAUUUUGCGAAUGUUGGUGACAUUGGUGAAGUUGAUGAUGUUGAUGACGUUGGUGACGUUGGUUCAUGUUCAUGGCAACAGCAGCAGCAGCAGCAACAACAGCAGCAGCAGACAGGAGACAGAAUGCGAAGAAGCUGUCAAGUUGACGAGGUGGAAAACAUUUCUCUGCGCAGCUUGUACACGUCCCACCCUCCAGCAAAUCGACAUGUUCACGGGCGACAAGCGCCACUGAACAUUACCGAGGCUCUGCCGAGCGAUGUGCGGCAGAAUCCUGCUUUUGCAGAGGAAAAUCCAGCGGAGCGCCAGCUUUACAUGGUGGGGUGCGGUUCGCGACAAGCGAGCGCGAACGUCAACUCGGCGAAGCCGUACGAGUGCACGGUGUGCAAAAAGAGUUUCGCGUGGCGCUCGCUCCUGCGGUACCACCAUCGCGUGCACACGGGAGAGAAGCCGUUCCGCUGCAGCGUGUGCAACCGGUCCUUCUCAAACUCUGGCAAUUUGAGGGUCCACGAGCGCACGCACACGGGGGAGAAGCCCUACCGGUGCAAGAUCUGCAACAAAUGCUUCAAACAGAGUCAACACUUAAAAGGUCACGAGCGCACCCACAGGGCUUGAGCAAGUCGGGGGAGCGAGAAAUGCGACGGUAGUUUCGAGCAUAAUUAUUUUUUUGAAUGGAACGAGGUAAAUGGUGAAGUUGUUAAAUCACCGAAUCUUUAUUAAUUUACACUGGAGAAAUCCGAUGAGCUAUGAAGCUCUUUUUUUCCACAUGUCCAGUGGUCACAGAGGAUCUGGAGUACGUUAGGGCAAGGUUCCACACAGUACGCAAAAUGGGAUUGGCUAUCAAGAAGUUUGGUACGCUAUAGCGAAAGCACAAAAUGGGAGGGCCUAAAUCUGGGUAUUACUGUAAAAGAGAACUACCUCCCAAGAUACAUUUAAGUGACCACUGAUCCACACAGUAAGGGGGUAGUAUUUCCUCAACAAACACACGUUAUUUUAUACACACAUUAAUUCGCACAGAUGUACAUGUGCACACAGUCUCCACUCGUGAUGAGUUUCAAAUUAACAUUUUCUCAGAUAUUGGUUUCUGAGGGCAAAUCCCUAUUUUUGUUUAGUUUAGUAUUUUCAGAUUGGAUGCCUGCCCUCUGGUGUUUAGGCUCCACCUCUUUCUCUUUAGGCUCUGCCCCUUUCCUUUUGGACACGAGCUUGACAUUAUUUUGGUGGCUGCUUUGUAAAGACAGUGCUGCUUAUUUUCCCACGAGACUUGGGAACUCUGGGCCAAAGUCAAUUUGAUUUUGUAAUUUUACAAUGUAACUCUCAUGUGCUGCGGGCCACUGGUGGCCUUUAGUGCGGCCCCUGGUGGCCUUUAGUGCGGCCCCUGACGUGCGGCCCCCAGCAAUACACAACAUUUGAAAACACCCCUUCGUGUUGUCGAACCCAAUGGUUUCAAAUGUGUGGCGGCCUUCACACUUAUGUCAUAUCUGCGAAAGUGGCCCCCUCCCUCUGAAAACUAGUGAAGAACACCUUGCUAUGCUGACUCCUUGAAGACAGUGAGUGCCCGCGGUGGAACUUGUGCUAAGUGUACUGCACAACGACAUUGCAUCUCUUGCAAAGCACCAGGGUGGUAGGAUGCCUUGCGCUGAGGCUAUGGAUAGCCUGUUUAUUACUGGCCAUGACUAAUUCGUACUACCGCAUCUACAAAUAAAAUUAAGGAAUCGUGCGCAGUAAUCUAAAUUUAUGAGUUGCAUUUUUUCCAUAGACUCCCAGCGCAUAAUACAUUUUGCAGCUAGUACAUUUAUCAGUAAUUUGCAAAUAAUUAAAGUCAAUCAAAACAUACUUGUGUGAUAAAGACUUAAAAGAUGUAUGUGGUCUGAAUGAGGCCCAUCCAGAGAGUUGGAAGGCAAAAGAUAACAAAGAGACGGACGGCGAUGAAACGCAGCAAGAGACGGCUACGGUCAUUGGCUGUUCACCAGGACAGUGUUGUCGCUCUGGAGAUCGAUGAUCGAUGUUCGAUGGUUGCCGCGUUGAAGGCAUUCUCACUUAACAGAGCGGGCCCCGUGAAGGCUACCAUCUUCCACUCCCACCAGGGCAGUAGGCGACAGGGAGAGGGGGGGGAGCCACAGAGCUUCCACAGGCCGAGCUGAAAUCCUCUUUUCACGAGUGGCCAACACAGGCACGACUAUGUAAUACAGUACUGCGAGCAAAACUGGUUUUUCGACAAGCUAUUUCAUUGCGAGAACAGCGUGACUGACUUUAAAUUGCCGGGAGCGCUGUGCGUCCUGAGUGCUUCCUGUAAUCUCCUGGACAAAUCUGUGGAAAAGAAUUGCUUUAUAGCUCAUCGAAUUUUUCCAGUUAUAAAUAUUCUGAUUGUGAAUUGAUGACGCUCAUCCACUACUACUGCUGCUGUUCGCCGUUCACUACUGUUGGGUGCUUUUCACUGUUGCUACUGCUGGUUUCCUGAUGCGUGUUCCUCUUACAACUGCCGAAUCCACUACUACCUGGUAUUCUCUGGUGCUUGUCGUUGGGAUGCGUAGAUUGUGCUCGCGUGGUCUUGACAAAUGUAUGUAAGUUGAACUUCUUUCGCACCGUACAUAGCCAACCGUGCUAAUGAAGCUCACCGACCGGACAGUAUUGGAGUCAAAGGCUAUCACUUUACCCACUCCCAUGUGCCUGCCUAUCAAACAAAAUUCAACUUUACUCCAAAGUGCGAGUUUGGUUUGUGCGAUUUCUCGUAUAUGCGGGUAACUUAUUUCUUUUAGAACUGCUUUUUGUGUUUAGUUUGUUGUCUUUCCCCCGCAUAUCCGAUUAGUACGGUACGAAAUAAGUUAAACAUACAACAUUAAACCUGUUUCCACCCAAAAUUCAGAAUUGGCGAUUUAAUUUCACCCAUGCGGCUAUGGCGGUCGGACUUGGGAAAUUGUGUUCUGUAUGCGCUACCGGGCAGGUUUUGCGUUGCGUCCUUUUUAAAAAAAAAAUGCAUCUACUGCAUGUACCGCAUGUUUAACUUCUUUUGCACCGUACGUUGCCAGCCGUACUAAUCAUAGGUGGUCGGGGAGGACAACAAACGAAAUACAAAUAAUUAAAAGUUGCAUAGCUCCAGUGGCUUCCUAAUAUCGGAAGGAAGAGCGUUCCAGAGGGCCGCAGAAGUGCAUCUGAAAGCGCGCAAUGCGGUUAACCGCCUUUGUUCGAUCACUUCGCCAAAAGCCGCUGCUGCGAGGAUGACCGGAGUUUGCGUGAUGGUUUAUGCUCCCUAUACGAGAUCGGCAAGGUAAAGCGAAGGAAACCUCGAGUCCUGCAUCAGGUUCGUAGUCCGUGGGUAAAACGUCGGAAAAGUGGAUGAUUUUAUUUAGUUGGGAGCUCACUUGUGGAAGGUGGGGGGGGGCGGGGGUGCCCGGGAAGUGAGGUCAGGUACCCUGCCCUGAUCCAGGACUGGGUGACCUUUAGUGCGGACUCUGACAAUAACCCUAAUGUGAAAACACCCUCCACAAUCGUGCUGUGAAACCCAAUGGUUUCAAAUGUGUGGGUGGCCCUGACAUUGAUGUCUUAUGGGCGAAAGUGCUCCCCGCUCUUAACAUUCGUGAAGAACGCUGGAGAUGGAACCACUGUGCUACCACUCCCAAACUCUCAAUCGAGCAAAAAAAUCAAUCGCUCCCAAUGUGUUUGCGCCUUUACGAUGUUGCUGUUUGUUGUUUCGUGGUGAUGAUGAUUGGCUUUUUUCUCCCCAAGGUAGGCAAGUGUCGUACUCGGAGUAUAAUAAAAGAAACGUAUACCUUUUGUCAUCGAGAUUGCCUUGCAAACACCGAGAAAAUAAGUUGAAAUGCAUAGAAAAUGUAUACGAAAUGGGAUCCGGACGUUUGGCAAUGGUAAUUAUUCAGAGCAGAACUAUGGAUUGCCUCUUGAAUAUGACCCUUAACAUGCGUCGACUCGCUGCAUAUUUAAGUGCAAUCGCAGUGGUUUGUGUACAGCAGUGGUUCUCAACAGGAGAGGGGGGGUACGUGAGGUUAUUUGUGUGAAAUUAUAUAA